AUGAUAGAACUAUGCAAAAAUAUUAGGGAAUUGAAGUUUAUUCUUUAUGGCAACAAUGAAGCUGAGCCAGUUGCUGAUUCUUGUGCACAACUGACUCAAGAGUUCUUUAGAGAAAACACUCUACGUGUACUAAUUGUUUGUCUCCCAAAGUUGAACUUAGAAGUUCAAAAGGAUGCAACUCAAGUUGUAGCAAAUUUGCAAAGACAACAAGUCAAUUCACGAUUAAUUGCAGCAGAUUAUUUGGAAGCUAACAAGGAUCUUUUGGACCUUCUAAUUUCUGGAUAUGAGGACAUGGAUAAUGCUUUACACUAUGGAUUGAUGCUUAGAGAAUGCAUCCGACAUCAGUGUGUAGCAAGGUAUAUUCUAGAGUCUGAUCAAGUGAAUAAGUUCUUUGAUUAUAUUCAAAUUCCAAAUUUUGACAUAGCUGCAGAUGCCAUUAAAACUUUUAAGGAGCUAAUGACAAGGCAUAAAUCAACAGUUGCGGAGUAUCUUUCCAAAAAUUUUGACUGUUUUUUUACAGAAUUUAACUCAAGAUUGUUGUCAUCUCCUAAUUAUCUCACCAAAAGGGCAUCUGUCAAGCUUUUAGGUGACAUGUUACUGGACCGAUCAAAUUCUCGAACAAUGGUGCGCUAUGUUAGUUCAAAGGACAAUCUUAUAAUUCUGAUGAAUCUUCUCAGGGAAUCGAGCAAAAAUAUUCAGAAUGAAGCCUUUCACGUAUUCAAGUUAUUUGUUGCCAAUCAAAAUAAGCCACCUGAAAUUAUAACCAUACUGAUUGCAAACAAAAGAAAGCUUCUUCUCUUACUUGACAAUUUGAAGUUAGACAAAGAAGAUGAGCAAUUUGAAGCUGACAAGGCACAAGUCAUUGGAGAGAUAGCAACUCUUCACUAA